GUGUGUGUUUAGUUGGAUGUGAAGCUACAGGUGGAGUACAUGUCCUUCAGCGCUCACGCUGACGCCAAAGGCAUCAUGCAGUUGAUCCGCAUGGCAGAACCCAGGAACAUGCUGCUGGUGCACGGAGAGGCCAAGAAAAUGGAGUUCCUCAAAGACAAGAUCGAGCAAGAGUUUAGUAUCAGCUGCUAUAUGCCGGCCAACGGAGAGACGACAACCAUAGUGACGAACCCCAGCGUCCCUGUGGACAUCUCGCUCAACCUGCUGAAGAGGGAGAUGGCUCUCGGAGGUGUUGAUUGACACGUACACCACUGACUGCUUUA